UGAACAAUUUGAACGUUUAUUAAAAUCAACAAUAACAAAAAAUGAUCCAACUUCGAUUAAUCUACAAUCAAAAUCGAUUGAUUUUCUCUAUAUACAAAUAGUUAACAUUAUAGUAUCUCUCUAUCGUCGAUUACUUUUGCCAAUACGUCUCACAUUAUCACCGGCAUACGAAUUAUCAAGCUAUGAAACGUUACGUUUAAAUAUUGAAAUUUAUCUACCCUCACAAAUUGAUUAUUUACGUGUAGGAUCUGUAUCAUUAUUAAAUGAUUAUUUAUCACGACGUCUAAUGAUACGAAACAACACUUAUGCAUUUCAAUGUGAGAAUACAAACUAUAUUUCGAUGGUUCACGCACGAGUUGCUAAUGUUACUCAAUUAUCGAAAUGCGUUGUAGAAGCGUACCAAACCAUUGGAAGAGGAUUAAAAUUACCAGCCGCAUUAUCUACACUAUGUAAAUGGUAA